UAAAUAUUGACUGCAAAGUCCAUCCGCCUUGCUUCAUCACCUCCCUGUGCAAACCAAUUUCCCCGAUCCAUCGCCGGCCAAACCAUGGCGGAGCCCGAUGAUGCCGACUUCGACUCCGCAGCAGCAGAAGAACUCACCAGCAACAUGUUCAUGGUGGCCGCGAUCGUUUUCCUCUUCCUCGUCCUCGUCUUCGUCUUCUUCCUCUACCUCUACGCCAAGCGCCACCUGCGCCGCGCCCGCAUCCUCGUCUUCUCCUCCGCCUCCGAUCUCGGCGCCUCCUCUUCCCUUUGCCGCGGCCUCGACGCCUCCGUCCUCCGAUCUCUCCCCGUCGCUGUCUACCGCGCGGCGGAGUCCGGAAACGGGAUCGAGUGCGCCGUGUGCCUCUCCGAGCUCGCCGACGGCGAGGCCGUCAGGAUCCUCUCCAAGUGCAGCCACGGUUUCCACCUCGACUGCAUCGACAUGUGGUUCCACUCCCACUCCACUUGCCCCCUCUGCCGGAGUCCCGUCGGCGCCGAACCAAUCCCAGUCCCGAACUCUAAUUCCCUCGCCGGAUCCGAACCCCUAAAUCCCGACUCGCCGGUCUUCCAAUCGAAUCAACGGCAGACGAGCGAAGCGCCUUCCAGCUCUUCCGCCAGAUUGAAGAAGCCAAAAGGGGAUCUUGCGAUUGAGAUACCCAAGAGGGAGUUGGAGGGGUUUUCGUCGCCGGUUUCGCCGCUGCCGACGAGCAGGAACGCCGACGAGGAGACGAGGACGCCGGGUUCCGGGAGGCUUCGGGCGGUGAGGCGGCGGCUGAGUAUGGGGAAGCGGACUCCUACUCCUGGCUCCGGCUCCGCGUGUAGUCCCAUGGGAGGCGACCUCGAGCAAGGGUUUGGGGGGUUUUAUGGAGAGGGAAGCGCUCCGCCGGCAACGUCUCCGGCGAACUCGAGACUCGAAAUCACUAAAUCCCAUAAACUACCCGAAGCAAGCGUUUGAAUGAAAAGUUAGUAUAAAAGCUUCAUCGUCGUCGUUGUAUGUUUUCUCAAGGAUUCCUCGACCUAACACAAAGUCACACACCUCUACUUACAAA